AACCCAGAUGUGUAGAAGUAAAUGAAGUUAGUAUACGGAUCUCAGUGAACUUGUGUUGACCACAGGCUAUUUCUUCUGGGAAUUAUACUUUUUUAGUGCGAUUAGACUAAUUUAGAAGGCCAUUAUGACACAAGUUACCGUCGCAUCAUCUUUGGUACUGAUCGUACUUAAUAUUUUAAGUUAUUCCCAUGCAGCUUCUCGUAACUCCCCCCAAGUUGAGGCACCGGUCCUCCUUAACUCUUACCUCCCCGCCGCCAUGCAGAUAAUAGCCCACUUGACUGAUCUGAUGAAAUACGAUGUUAAACCAGCGAGUUAUUUCACCACCACACCAAAACCUACAAGUCCCCACUGGCCAUCAAUUUUCGCCCCCACAAGGCCCCCCAAGGUUCCGGCAUUAAAAAAUAUAUAUUACGAAAGAAGCGCCCCUAAUGGCGAAAUUCCAAAAGAAAGCCCGUUGGAGCCCCGAGGAAAUGAAAACAAUAAUGAAUACGUAAAUGGGCCUCUUCCCGAUGACCUGUACUUAUUUGGGAUAGGACCCAGCCAGCUUUUAAAUAUAAUAAAUAAAAUUGAUGAAAAUAAUUUCGAAAACGAAGAGAGACAAGUUCUGAAAUUUUUAGAAACGUAUGAUGAUUACAAUGUCAAGCAAUACGUCAUUGGUAACAAAAAAACUCCACCCACAAGGGCCUAUGUCACCCUAUUAUCACUCUACGACCAGUUGAAUGCUGAAGCGAAAAAGCUAAAGUUGAGUAAAUAUGGGGGUUACACACCAAUUGUUUUAAAAUUUCUUGAAGAAAAUUGUACAGGAACUUCAACCCACCAAUUACUUUCCGUAUUACACAAAACAAUCGAAAACAGAGAUACCGACAACGCAAAAGUAAUAGAAAGAAUAAAUAAUAUGAUUAAAGAUUUGGAAACAGCAAACAGCUACGUGAAUCAAGCAUUACUAUAUGUGCCACCAUUACACUUUGAUUUUUUUGCUUAACAGUGGUGCAUAUAAGUAAAAUAAUUACUUUAAUCUAAUUAGAUAGAUAGGCCUUAAAUAAAAUUUUGUAUUAAUCUUAUAAAGAAGGAAAUGUGAUGUUUUAUUUUGUUUCAUUUU